GAGUUUCGCUCCGGAUCGAGCAGUUUCGUUUGACUCGCUCACCAGAGGGAGCUUGCGCUUAUAUAUGGUCAAUAGACAAUUUGCGUUAGCGAUCAUACGAAGUUGUGACAUUGGGAUAAAACCAGCGGUUGGUACAGCAACAAGUCAUUGCUAUUAGUAAACGAAGCGGUACGAACUGACCGUCCUUGUGAAGUGCGGUAGUGGAAAAGCAAGCCGCUGAGAUCUAUUGAUUGAGCUAGGAUAGAAGUCGAAAAUCGACGAUAAUGACCUUGAAAGCUCCAGCAAUCGGCAUCGACCUGGGCACGACGUUUUCAUGCGUUGGUGUUUUUCGCCACGGGAAAGUAGAGAUUAUUGCAAACGAACAGGGUAAUAGAACGACACCUUCGUACGUGGCGUUCACGGAUACGGAACGGCUGAUCGGCGAUGCGGCCAAAAAUCAGGUGGCGAUGAACCCGACGAACACUGUGUUCGAUGCAAAACGCUUGAUUGGACGACGCUUUGAAGAGCAAACCGUACAAAGCGACAUGAAACAUUGGUCGUUCAGAGUGACUAAGGUCGACGGUAGGCCAAAGAUCCAAGUCGAUUUCAAGGGCGAGGAAAAGACUUUUUAUCCGGAAGAGAUCUCAUCGAUGGUGCUAGUAAAGAUGAAAGAGACGGCUGAAGCGUAUCUAGGUCUGACCGUAACGGACGCCGUUAUUACGGUGCCGGCGUACUUCAACGAUUCGCAACGACAAGCGACUAAGGAUGCAGGCGCGAUAGCUGGACUGAACGUGUUGCGAAUCAUCAACGAACCCACAGCAGCCGCGAUAGCGUAUGGGCUUGACAAGAAAGCAGCAGCAGAACGCAACGUUCUCAUUUUCGACUUGGGUGGUGGUACAUUCGAUGUAUCGAUUCUGUCCAUUGAAGACGGGGUAUUUGAGGUGAAAUCGACAGCAGGAGAUACUCAUCUCGGGGGUGAAGACUUCGACAACCGACUUGUUAGCCACUUCGUGGACGAGUUCAAGCGUAAGCACAAGAAGGAUCUGUCGACGAACAAGCGGGCGCUGCGCCGUCUGCGAACAGCUUGUGAACGCGCAAAAAGGACGCUGUCGUCAUCGACACAAGCGUCGAUAGAGGUAGAUUCACUGUUUGACGGCAUCGACUUCUACUCUUCGAUAACACGGGCCCGCUUCGAAGAGCUUUGCUCCGAUUUAUUCCGUUCCACGCUAGACCCUGUGGAAAAGGCUUUGCGCGACGCGAAAAUGGAUAAGGCUUCGGUGCAUGACAUUGUGCUGGUAGGUGGGUCUACCCGCAUUCCUCGUAUUCAAAAACUCUUGCAGGAUUUCUUUAAUGGCAAAGAGCUUAAUAAGUCGAUCAAUCCGGACGAAGCUGUAGCAUACGGGGCCGCAGUGCAAGCGGCUAUUCUUAGCGGAGAUACUUCAGAAGCAGUGCAGGACUUGCUAUUACUUGACGUGGCACCAUUGUCUCUCGGGAUCGAAACCGCUGGUGGUGUGAUGACGACUCUGAUCAAGCGUAACACCACGAUACCCACCAGGCAAACGCAGACAUUCAGUACUUACGCAGACAAUCAGCCCGCUGUUACCAUUCAAGUAUUCGAAGGGGAACGGGCAAUGACGAGAGAUAACAAUCUGCUGGGCAAGUUCGACCUGAGCGGCAUCCCACCGGCCCCGCGGGGUGUACCGCAGAUCGAGGUGACGUUCGACAUUGACGCAAACUGCAUCCUCAAUGUUUCCGCUGUAGAUAAGUCGACCGGGAAACAGAAUAAAAUCACGAUCACCAACGACAAAGGUCGCCUGUCGAAAUCAGAUAUUGAGCGCAUGGUCCAGGAAGCAGAGAAGUACAAGGACGAGGAUGACAAACAGAAGGUUCGUAUAGCCGCGAAGAACACGCUAGAGAGCUAUUGUUUCACCGUUAAGUCAACGGUUGAAGGUGCCGGAGCGGAGAAACUAUCGGAAGAGGGUAAACUGGUUUUAGAGAAGGUGACGGAGACGCUGGCCUGGAUUGACAGUAAUCAGUUGGCGGCUACAGAGGAAUUCGAGCAACGACGCAAUGAUCUCGAACAGGUAGCCGCGCCUUUAAUGACGAAAAUUCACGGAGGCCCAACCGGAGGUUCCGAGUUUGCCGGAAUGAGCAAGGAGUUUAGUGGUGACGCUACCAGUGCUUCGCAGGGGCCGACCGUUGAAGAGGUCGACUGAGUAAAGGACUGAGAACUGCUGACAUUGUAAACAGGACAUCAGUAAACAGUAGGUAGGUUAGGGCUGGUGUUCAACGUAGCGUAACGUCAUGUCACAUUUAUGCCGACGCUAGCACCCGAAUCACCUACGGCCGUCGUGUGCGUCACUUAUUUCCGAAAGAUAACAAGGCUCCGCUUUUGCCCAGGGCUGGAAAUAUACCUGCUUGAUACUUAACGGAAGUAAAAAUAAGCGAAUCCUAACAGCGGUGUUUAGAAUUUUCAGAAAGUAGAAAAUAUCUAUUAAAUAAAUCAACUACGUACUAGUACUAUA